AUGAUUUGGCAACAUGAUGGUGCACCAGCUCAUAAUAUGUUAGCUGUACGUGCUUUAUUAGAUGAUAUUUUUAGUGGUAAAUGGAUAGGAACUCAAGGCUCAACAAUUCUUUGGCCACCACGUUCUCCAGAUAUGAAUGUUCUCGACUUUUAUUUUUGGGGAUUUUUAAAAGGCGAAGUUUAUAAAGAGGAGUCAAAUAAUAUCAAUGAUUUGAAAAAUAGGAUUGUUGAAAUAAGUAAAAAAAUAUCUACAUCAGUAUUAAAAAAAGCUACAACUAGUGAAGUGACUAAACGGUUAUCUCUUUGUUUGGAUAUGGAUGGUAAUCAUUUUGAACAUUUAUUAAAAUAUCAAUAG